AUGCUAUCAUGGGGGGUAUGGUCAGCCGAUAACAAUGGGGUUGUAGAUGCAGCAGUGUUUCCAUGCCUUAAAGAGCUUAUUAUUCUAUUUUGUCCUAAUCUGGUUGAAGUCUCACUUGAAAAACUACCUUUACUCAGAGUUAUGACAGUAAAAGGAUGUGGUCAUGGUGUGUUGACAAGCCUGGUUCAUGUCGCUUCAUCACUCACCAAGUUGAUAUUAGAUGAUAUUUUAGGUCUUACUCAUGAGGUGUGGGGAGGUGUUAUGAAGUAUCUUAGGGAAGUUAAAGAAGUAAGAAUAGAAUGCUGUAGUGAAAUAAGAUACUUGUGGGAAUCUGAAGCAGAGGCAGGAGGAGGGCAGAAGCUCAAGUCACUUUCUAUCCGGGACUGGAAGAAACUUAAAUCGAUGAAUGAAUUGAAGUUCUUCAUCCAUUUGACCUCAUUCAGAAUAGAUGAGUGUCCAAGUCUGGAUUCAUUUCCAUUUCCUAACCAAGAGUUGCCGAAUCUUGCCUCGUUAACACAUUUGGAAAUAAAAAACUAUACAAGUCUGGAUGCUUCCUUUCCUGGUGGGCUUUGGCCUCCAAAACUGUGUUCUCUUACCAUAGGAGGGUUGAAGAAGCCCAUGUCAGAGUGGGGCCCACAGAGUUUUCCAACCUCACUUGGUUACCUACAUCUAUAUGGCGGACCAUAUGAAGAUGUGACUGAUUUUAUUCGGUUGUCCGGUCUUUUUCCUUCAUCUCUUACUUCUCUUCGCAUAGAAAGAUUUGAGAAAUUGGAAUCAGUUUCAACGGGACUCCAACACCUCACCUCCCUCCAGCAUCUCAGCAUUGUCAAGUGCCCAAAGAUGAUGGAUCUACCUGAAAAGUUGUUGCCUUCGCUUUUGAGUUUGGAAAUUACUGAAUCCCCAAAUCUGAAAACAAAGAUUAAUAUAGGAGGCUCGUAUUGGCCAGUCGUCUCUCUAAUCCCCUACCUCUGGGGAUGA